CCGCCGCUGGAAAAUCUGGCAAAAAAAUCACGGAAAACGAACGAGCAAAACGGCAAAACGCUCCAACCUAAAUGACCUAAACGCCUAAACAACCUAAACGCGAUCAAGAAUGCGGCCGACUGACGUACACUGAAACCUAAGAUCACCGCUACAACGACAUCGGCUCACCCAGCCUCCCAGCGUUGGGCAAAACCAGCAAUAUCAUUGAGCGCACGAAACCUGCCAAACCCACGGAACCAUCCACAGCAAGAUCACAGCACCGCAAAACUGGCAACUCAAGACAUCGAGCCAUCCCACGAAGCGCUCUCGUUGAAGUCGCUGCUCGUACUCGCGAAAUCGUGAUCUGCGGCAAGUGCGGCCUGGAUUAGUUCACACAACUUGUUCGAGAAGCUCGAUGGCGGACCCGAACGUGUCGCACCACCACGUGAAGCAGGAGAGCGGCGCCAGCAGCCCCGGAGAGCCGAGCAGCAACGGCAGCGCGGGCGGCGGCGGCGGCGGCCGCGGCAGCCCCUCGGGCCAGUCGCUGUCCGAGCUCCUGCUGCAGCUCGAAGACUACAGCCCGACGCUGCCGGACGCCGUGACGGCGCACUACCUGAACACGGCGGGCUUCGAGGCGAGCGACCCGCGGGUCGUGCGCCUCGUCUCGCUCGCGGCCCAGAAGUUCCUGUCGGACAUCACCAACGACGCGCUGCAGCACUGCAAGAUGCGCGGCGCGGGACAGAGCAAGAAGGCGAGCAAGGACAAGCGAUACACGCUCACCAUGGAGGAUCUGAGUCCCGCCCUGCACGAGUACGGCAUCAACGUCAAGAAGCCCCACUACUUCGUCUGAAACGACCCGCGCCCGCCGACCAGCAUGGACCGCGGAUGGUCUGGGAAGAUCCUUCGGUGCCAGGGAUCAUCCCUGCGAUGCCCCAGAUUAUCCUUUCGGUGCUUCUGUCUUAGCCCGCGUUUGUUGUUGUGUUUGUGGGUAUGCUCCUUAAGAUGACUGCGGGUGUGUCCAGUGUGUCAACGAAUGCUUCGUUGACCAUUCGGCCCCCUUUUCUUUCUCUUUUGUCUCGUUUAACUCUGGGUUAUCCCAGUGCCUGCGGGCGUGGAAUUGAUUUCGGUUAGUGUCGCGAGUUUUUUUGUUGAGAAAGCUCGUGCUACGUCUAAAACCUCGCGGAGGUUGCAGCUGUAGCGCCAGUGCCUUUUGAGUAAAUGCCCACUCGGAUGGAACGUA